AUGAUAAUAAAAAUAAAAUAAAAUUUAGGAAAAAUGACAAUUUUUCAUUAGAAACCACAAAUUCUUGCGAAUCUCUUUAAGAGAAAUGUAAAAUUAUAUAAUUAACAACAUCUCAGUUACAAAUAAUUAAAUAAUUCAAUAUCUAAUAUAAAACAAUCAGAAGAUUAAUUUAAAAUUGUUUUUUUAAGUACCCAAUUUAUCAACAAAUAAUCUGAUUUAUACUUAAAGGAUUCAUUUUUUGUAGCUGUAUAAUAUAAAGGCAAUCAAUUAUAAGAUAGUUUUGAAAGCAUCAAAUCUUAAGAAAAUUAAUUUUUUAGCAAAAUGGGCUUAAGAAAAAGAAAUUUUUGA